AUGAUGAGUUUGUAUUGUCACAACAUAUUAAAUGUUAAAUGUUAAGACGAGAAAUUUACAUAACUUGUAAGCAGAAGGUGUGGUGGCAACAGAUGAUGAAUGGUAAAAAGAAACUUCCCCAAGGACAGCCCGAAUAGACUAGCUCCAGGCUCAGGUCCACUUAGUCCUCCCUAACUGACCCAGCGCUCCCCCGUAACUCCGCCCACUCUGAGAAGUAGACUGUUAGGAGAGUGAAACUACAGAUCCCAGGAUGCAGUUGUCCCUCUCAACCUCUAUGUAGCCCGCUCGCUCCCCUCAUUGCAUUCUGGGAAGUGUAGUUUCUAAGUAUCGGUGUCCACUGUCUAGGAAACCAGGGCUUUUAGGCUUGAGAGAUCUGUCUCUCUACUGGCCCCGCCCUUUACAUUGACCCCGCCCCAGGUUGCUUAGGAGAUGAGAGACGCCGAAUCUUGGGCUGUGUCGGCACAGACAGCAGGAUAGGAGCAGAGAGAAAUCCUCUGAGAUCUGUAACAGGAGGGCAGCCAUGGGGAGCUGUGACCGCUCCUGCAAGGGUUGGUGUAGCGGUAGGCAACACUGGUUUGAACUCGGACCCACGGACUUGAUGGAGCGCAAGGGCUCCCUAACCCUCCGCUCCCAUCACAAGAAAUACUCGAAGCCAGUGCUGGUGUAUUCCUGGCACCGUGACAGAGAAACUUAUCCCAAAGAUUAUGAUAUAGAGGGUCCUGAAGAAGUAAAAAAUCUGUGUAAUUCAACAUAUUGGCGAAUUGGAACCAACGAACCCCCAAUUUGGAUAUCAGAAACACAUGAGAAAAUGGCACAAGUUUGUUUAAACACAGAAUUGGCUGAAAUAAAGAGCAAGGCUUUAUUGAAUGAGGAAACGAUGAGCUCUGGAAUUAUUGAAAGGGACACUGGAUUGCCUGUCACAGGUUUUGGAGCUCUCUUUCCUAGACACCCAUCAGAUUGGUGUGCAUUGACAACAUAUGCUGAAGAAUAUGCUCCACCAUAUGAAUAUCAGCCACUUGGUGAUCCUUGUCAAGAUGAUGUUUAUUCAGUUGUCCACAGAAAAUGCCGUUCUCAGUUCACAGAUCUAAACGGUUCCAAAAGAUUUGGCAUCAACACCUGGCAUGACGAGAGUGGGACUUAUGCCAAUUCAUAUGUAAAACGAAAACUCUACCCAUUAACCAGUGACCCUGUUUUUCCCUUUUUAAAAUAAUGUAUGGAAUCAGAUUCUAUAACUAAUGAAAGGCAGAAUAAUGGCUUCCUCCAAAGAUGCCCUUGUUCUAAUCCCUGAAAUCUGUGAUGAUGCCACCUGACACGGCAAAAAGGACUUUGCUGAUGUGAUUAAAUUAAAGAUCUUGAGAUGGAAAGAUUACCUAGUUUUCUGGAUGGGCAUAAUGUAAUUACAAGGAUCCUUAUAAAAAGGAGGCAGGAAAACCAGAGAAGAUGAUCUGAUCAUGGAAACAAAGGUCAGAAUGAUGCGAUUGCUGGCUCUUGGCCAUGAACCAAGCAAGUAAUGUGGUGGCCUUUAGAAGCUGGAAAAGGGAAGGGACUGGGUUCUGCCUUCAGAGACUCCAGAAGGAACACAGCCCUGCUGAUACCUUGAUUUUAGCCUGGUGAUACUGAUUCCAGACUUCUGAACUCCAGAACUGUAAUACGACAAAUCUGUGUUUUUUUAAGCCAAUAAACAUAUGGUAAUU